GGGCCGAAGUUCCCCCCAGGCUCCGCCUCUCUGACUCCCCAGCGCCUCCUCUGGCGUAGCCGGGCUCUGCAGCGGCCCACGUGCGCCCCCGGGGAAGAAUGGACGGCGGCUCCGCGUCCCGCCCGCUGCGCGUCCUGGUGGACAUGGACGGGGUCCUGGCGGACUUCGAAGGCGCGCUGCUGCGAGGCUUCUCCGCCGCCUUCCCCGGAGAGCCUCGCGUGGAACUGGAGCAGCGAAGGGGCUUCUUGGCGGUGGAGCAAUACCGCUCCCUGCGGGAGGAUCUGGGGGUGAGCAUCGGGAGGGCAGGCGGGCGGGCGGGGGCGCCGCUGGACGGCUCCCAUGACCCGAGCUGCUCCCGGAAGAUGACGGGGGGAAGAGGGAGAAGAGGCCCGGCGCCUUUUUGGAGAGCUCGAGUGCUAAGGCUUGCCCGAGAUCCAACGCAGCAGGAAACUUUAGAAAAACCGGCAGGGGCAUUGCGUUCCCAUUCUGCCUUUAAAACAGUUACGACAUGGGCAAAAAGUCCAAUUUCAGCUGGCAGCAAGGACGAAAAGCUGGAUCUAGUGGACUUUUACCCCUUAAAAGCUCGAGUCAGCAGCCUUGCCGCAAAGAAGAACGCGCGCUCCCCUGCCCGCCCCGUCGGUGGCAGUUAGUGACGCAGAGCAUCAAACUAUCUUCAACGCUAGAAGUUGAUAGCUAAAGUUUCAGAGCUGACCUCUAUUCCUCCACCACCCCCCAUCUCUCCUCUGUAGGUCUCAUGUGUCUUUUAAAAGUUUUGUGGUAGGCAUAUUUCAUUCCACUGGAAAAACCAUACAUGCAGAUCAAUGGAAUGAUUCAUUUCUUCAAGUUGAAACAUUAAGGCUACAAUCUUGCUUUUAAACCCAAUUGUGGAGAUUCUCUGGAUGGCGAAGAAUCAUGGGUGUUACCAAUUACAGCAGCAAAUAUAGCCCAAAAGAACAGAUGAAGGAAAAUGGAGACACAAUCCUUUGGUAGCAUCCAAAGUAACUUUGAAAUGCUGUUUUGUAGUUUGUAGGUUUCUUUUAAAAAAAGGGCUCAGUGCAACUUGCAUUAACAAUUAUAUCUUUUUCUUUACAGGAUCAACACACUCUCUUUCCACUACUAAAUAGGCUUGGAAAGUGAGAGGCUUUCCCAAAAAAGUUAUCUGAAACCAGUCACUUUUCAGCCAAGUUUCUCAGUACAAGAAAUAUCAUUUUAAACAAUCGGUUUAUAUAAACAAUCACUCCCCCAACCAUGAAAAAAUAUUGAAAUGUGAAAUAUACCUAGGAACAAGUCUUCACCAUGACAGAAACGUUAUCCAAUAAAAAGCUUGCAGGAAUAAAGCAGUCUUAGGCUGCAAUCCAAACCCCCUUUGUGCUGGGUUGGCGAGUUGGAUUUGGCAGAGGUGUCCCAGAACUCUCCCUUCUACCUGCUAAAAGAGGUGGGGGGCAUGUACUGCCAACAGGACCUCCCCCCCAGCAGCUCACAGCGCUGACCCAGGCUCUGCUGGAUCCUGAGCCAGCCCCGCUGCUGUGGCUUGAUUUGCCAGCCCACCCCAUCCCAGCUGUCAUGCAUGCAAUGGCUGUGGGAGCAGCGGUGGUCCUGCAGCUCAGUUCAACCCCUCUGCUGCCCAGCCAGGGUUUCCACGGCAGCCCCAGUGCCUUGCUCCAGAAGGCACUCCUUGACCACGUACAUGGGAUGCGGUUUUGAAAAUUAAAGCAGUUCUUGAGCCCUUCUCGGGGGGAAGAAGAGAGCCUUCUUCUAUUUUCCUCAUAGUAGAUUGAAUAUUAAGCAACUAGGUGAGCUCUGUUUAGACUAGAAGUGUAAUUCCAUGCAUCUGGUUUCAGGUGAAGGUAGCCAGUGUGUACGAGUCACCAGGCUUCUUUCUGGGUUUGGAUCCCAUUCCAGGAGCUAUCGAAGCAAUGCAGGAGAUGAUUCAAAUGCCCAAGUAAGGCCCAUUCGGAACACAGAAUGGUUUGCGAUUAGCCUCCAUGGUUUAUUUUCAUAUAGUGACUAAUAAUGCCCAUGUCUUUUCAGCACAGAAGUGUUUAUUUGCACAAGCCCUAUCCGGAAAUAUGAAUACUGCGUUCAAGAGAAGGUUGGCAAUUGUUAGCUGUCCCCUACUCUCUCUCUGUUCUGCUUGCUUACCCUGACUCCAACCUUGUGUUAAGCAGAGCCUCCCAUCAGAUUCCUUAUUUUUGCUUUUCCCUUGUUUGCUUCUAUGUUCCUCAUCUUCAAUACUAGUGGCUUAUGUGCUUCAUUGUCGAGGUGAGACUCUAUUCAUGUCCCUUCCACACCAUUGGGUUACCUGCUCUGAUGUAGAUCCCCCACCUAUGGCAGUAUUUCAGAGGCUUUGGAAUGGUAACUUGCAGGCACAAGUCAGUUGAACAGUCUAUUGCACCUUGCACUGGAAAAGGAGCAAAUGUAUUUGCUGGUUAUAAAAGUAGGAUAUGUACCCCCACGAAACACAAGCCUAUAUUUUUUAUAAUACACCCAAACCAGAAGUUACUCUUCUUUAAAAGGGGUCUAGGGUUUUGCUGACUGAAGGUCACUCCAAUUUUCUUUUAAUGCUUUAUUGAACAUAUAAAGACAGACAUAGAAUCAAAUAACGUAGUUAACAUAAAAGUUUGUCGCUGUCUAAUACAUUUUAAACUAGGUGUUCUAAACAUCGAACCGACUUCCUGUCUUCUCCAUACGUGGUCACUCCAAUUUCAUUUUAAAAUUUGGAAGCUGUGAGCUGAUCCUUUCUAAGACACUACUUCUGAUAUUUUAUAGAGACAUAAAUUUAAUUCUACAUAUGUGUGUCAUUCACACUUGGUGAGACAUGCAUAGCUUAAAUAUCUGUGAGCUACAGCCCACUUUGUCAGAUUAAUGAAGAAAACGGUCUCCUAAGUUGAUGGCCAGCUGACAUAGAUAGGAAAAUAGACUUUGUUUUGUUGAAUUCACAGUAUAAUCUAUAUAUAAUGAAAGUUUUUAUCUUACCCUUCAAUCAAAAUGAUCUUGUUAGGACAACAGAGCAGUACUGUGCUUGAGUUAAGUUAUUAGAACAUUAACAGUUUUUAAGCAGACAGACCAUGGAGUCAAAGGCCAAGACAACAGAAGAGACAACAAUAGGAAUGUGACAAUGGUGUGACAAGUAUAAUGAGCAGCCGUCAUUUGCACAUUCACAUUAAUGGUUGAGGUUUCAGUUCUAGACACAUGUAACUAGGAAGAAGACACAGUGGGGCUUAUGCCUGAGUAAACGUGCACAAGAUUGUGUUGUGAAUCUUGUAGGUAACAGAAAACAUUUGGCAUUUUUCUUGCCCUUUGGCCCAAUUUAUUUAAAUGUUUCCCCCUUUUCUGUGAAAAAACCCCCGUGAGAAUCUCUGCAUUGAGCUGGAUGACCAAAAUGUAUGAUGAUUGGAAUACCUAUGUUAACAAGAAUUUCUACCUCCUCCAGAUGCUUCAGGAAGCCACCAGCUUCUGCUCUACAAGCCUGAUUACAAAAUACAUCUUCUGCAUGUUUACUCAAAAGUACACCCCACUGCAUUCAUUCCUGAGUAUGUGUGUUCAGGAUUGCAGCCUAAGCAAUUUGCGAAAUGAGAAAAUGUCUGUCAAAGUUUGUAGAAAACAUUUCAUACCAGCUUUAUAAUUUCACGUCUCCUCUGACUCUCCUGUCUAAAUAACCAGUCAGAUGUAGUCGAGUGUUUUGGCUUCUUUGCUUUUUUGGUAAAAAGGCUGUAAUUAAAAUUCUUCUGAUACUGAUCUUUCUUCACCUGAUAGUACAGCUGGGUUCAAAAGCACUUGGGUCCCAAAUUUGUGGAGCGGAUAAUUCUGACCAGAGAUAAAACAGUUGUGUCUGCUGAUCUGCUCUUUGAUGACAAGGAUGCCGUUAAAGGUACGAGAAUGUGCAGUGCAGUUUCCAGAUCCAAAUGCUUUACUGUUGCUCCAGUGAUGAAAUGGUCGCUCUUGCAAUUUUCCAUUCUUAUUCUUCUCAGGGGUUGAGCCUAAUCCGAGCUGGGAGCACAUCUUGUUCUCUUGCUGUCAUAACAAGCAUCUAAAGCUGCAGCCCCCACGAAGGAGACUCGAGUCUUGGACUGAUGACUGGAGGACAAUACUGGAAAGCAAGCGCUCCAAGUGAUGGCUGAAGAAAGGAGCGCGUACUUCAACAGGCAGUGAAAGUGACCCAAAACACCAGCUGGUCAUUAAACCCCACUGGAAUGAAGCAAGACACCCACCCAGUGAGCCGGAUCAGACGGAAAUAUAUUUUCUAUUUGCAAGAGAGUAGUGUUUUGUCCUAAUUAAACAUCAACAAUGUGAGUUAUAAAGAUGUUAAAUCC